AUGGUGCUCAAGUUGCAGCCCGACGUAGCUCCGCACCAUAUCGGCACUACUGAAGAGGUGGCGCUCCGGCUCCUGAACGAGAGCGCCCACGGGUCACAGCUCCCCUCCGUCCCGAGGCUGCACACCGCCGCGACGGCUGAGAUUGGCGGCCGGCGGUGGCACUACAUGGUGAUGGAUCGCGCCGGCGAGAGAGAGUUCGGGUGGUGCGGCCGCGACCAGACGGAGGCCGCUCUCGGCCGCGCCUUUGCCACCGCCCUUGUCGGACUGGUCUACAUGCACAGCUGCGGCGUGGCGCACCUCGACGUGAAGCCCGCAAACAUCCUCGUCGACCGCGCGCACUCGGCGACGCUCAUCGACUUUGGGCUGAGCCUGAUGCAGCGCGAGAGCACGCGGGCCGCGGGCACGCUGCCCUACAUCGCGCCCGAGAUCUGCAAGCGCGCCGUGCCCCACGCCCGCGCGUACAACACCUUCAAGUCCGACGUCUGGUCGCUCGGCAUCUCGCUCUUCGCGGCCGCGGCCGGCUUCCACCCGUGGGCGCUCGCAAACGUGCACGAGCAGUCGGGUCGCUACCGCCGCGUCUACAAUGCACAGGGCCGCGCGGCGCACCUCGGCUUUAGCGCGACGUGGCUCCUCCUCUCGACGCCGCUCUCGGACGAGCUGGCCGCCACCUUCCCCGGCAUGGUCGGGCCGGCGACGGAGGAGGAGCUCUCACCCUGCCUGAGCUCGCCGGCGGCACCGCUGCUCGUCAAGCUCCUCGACGGCAUGCUCGUCAUCGACCCCGACCGUCGGCCCGACCUCCGCGGCGUCUGCCGGCUCGCCGACGAGUGGCUCGCCGCCGUCUGCCCGGCAGAGCAGCGGCGCGUGGGAGCGGUCCUCGCCGCAGCGGAGAGCGGCGCGUCGCCGCUCGGCGCCGCCGUCGCCGCGGCUGCGGCGGGAGAGAAGGAGCAGACCUUUGGGCACCCCGGCGACGGCGCGCGCGCGGACAGCGCGGACGAGUCGAACGAUCCCGUAUACCGCUCCAGCUUCCGGAGCAGCGGCAGC